AUGAGCAGCGAUCCGGAGCGCGAGCACGCCCUCGAGGGCUACAAGGGCAAGCUGCUCGAGUCGCGCGAGUGGGAGGCAAAGCUCAAGAACCUGCGGUUAGAGAUCAAGGGCCUGCAGCACGACUUUGACGUGUCCGAGGACAACAUCAAGGCCCUGCAGAGCGUCGGCCAGAUCAUCGGCGAGGUGCUGAAGCAGCUGGACGAGGAGAGGUUCAUUGUCAAGGCGUCGUCGGGGCCGCGCUACGUCGUUGGGUGCCGCUCCAAGGUCGACAAGGCGAAGCUGAAGCAGGGCACGCGCGUCGCGCUCGACAUGACGACACUGACCAUCAUGCGCAUGCUGCCCCGCGAAGUCGACCCGCUCGUCUACAACAUGUCGCUCGAGGACCCCGGCCAGGUCAGCUUCGGCGGCAUCGGCGGGCUGAACGAGCAGAUCCGCGAGCUGCGAGAGGUGAUUGAGCUGCCGCUGAAGAACCCCGAGCUGUUCCUGCGAGUCGGCAUCAAGCCGCCCAAGGGCGUCCUGCUGUACGGGCCGCCGGGCACCGGAAAGACGCUGUUGGCGCGUGCUGUGGCGAGCAGCCUCGAGACAAACUUCCUCAAGGUUGUCUCGUCGGCCAUUGUCGACAAGUACAUUGGCGAGUCGGCGCGUCUGAUCCGCGAGAUGUUUGGCUACGCAAAGGAGCACGAGCCCUGCAUCAUCUUCAUGGACGAGAUCGACGCCAUUGGCGGACGACGCUUCUCCGAGGGCACCUCGGCCGAUCGUGAGAUACAGCGCACACUGAUGGAGCUGCUGAACCAGCUGGACGGUUUCGACUACCUCGGACAGACCAAGAUCAUCAUGGCGACAAAUCGACCAGACACACUCGACCCCGCCCUGCUGCGUGCCGGACGUCUCGACCGAAAGAUUGAGAUCUCGCUGCCCAACGAGGUCGGCCGUCUCGAGAUUAUGAAGAUCCACUCGGCGAGCGUGCAGACGGACGGCGAGAUUGACUUUGAGAGCAUCGUCAAGAUGAGCGACGGCUUCAACGGUGCCGAUCUGCGCAACGUCGUCACAGAAGCCGGCCUGUUCGCCAUCAAGGACUACCGAGAUUCGAUCAACCAAGACGACUUCAACAAGGCCGUGCGCAAGAUGGCAGAAUCGAAGAAGCUGGAGGGCAAGCUGGACUACCAGAAGUUGUAG